AGCCAUCACCACAUCUUCAACCUCAUCAGCAGUUCCAAUCCACUCCUCGAUCUCCAGUAUCCUUCUAACACUGUACGACUCUGUACCACCGCACCUUCACAAUGGCACCAAUUCUCAACUUCGCGCUCGCUCUUGCGAUGCCCAUCCUUUCGUUGGCGGCUGCUCUUCCAACCGGAGCUGAGCUCGAAAACCGUGCUACCACUCUCGGAGGAACUCCAGAUAUUGUCGGAGGAACCACCGCUGCUCUUGGUGAAUUCCCCUACAUUGUCAGCUUGUCCUACAGCGGCUCUCACUUCUGUGGUGGUGUCUUGCUCAACGCCUACACCGUUCUUACUGCAGCUCAUUGCUCUGUCAGCUACUCAGCUUCCUCAGUUAAAGUUCGCGCUGGAACUUUGACCUGGGCAUCUGGCGGAACCCAAGUUGGUGUUAGCAAGGUUGUAGUCCACCCAUCCUACAGUUCCUCCACCACCAACAACGACAUUGCACUCUGGCAUUUGUCGACUGCUCUCCCAGCCAGCUCCACCAUCGGCUACGCUAAGUUGCCCGUUCAAGGCUCGGACCCUGUUGUUGGUUCUACCACCACUGUUGCAGGAUGGUAUGUAUUUCCGAUGCUUCAGCAAAUUUUGUUUGAAGAAAAAGCGCUAAUUGUAAAUAGGGGUCUUUUGACUGAGAACGGAUCCACAUUGCCAUCAACUUUGAGAAAGGUCUCGGUUCCAGUCAUCUCCCGUGCUUCCUGCCAAGCUGAGUACGGUACAUCCGCUGUUACCACCAACAUGUGGUGUGCAGGAUAUGCUGCAGGUGGCAAGGAUUCCUGCUCUGGUGACUCUGGUGGACCAAUCAUCGAUACUGCCACUGGUGUUUUGGAGGGUACUGUUUCCUGGGGUCAAGGUUGUGCUGAGGCUGGUUACGCUGGUGUCUACGCUAGAGUUGGUAACUAUGUUACUUACAUCAACUCCAACCUCUGGACUAGCUUGUAAAUAUGGAGAUGAUGAUGUAGUGAAGGUUGAGAGUAGGAAUAUGGGCGGGCGAAAAUUGGUAGCA